ACACAACAUCACCAGUUCUAUCUCUGACGAGUCGAAGUCCAUCGCGAACAAAUCAACCGUCGCAGACAAUAAGAUGGAGUUCCAAUGAACCCAGUGUAUUUGAGUGUAUGCUCAAUGGACGAAAGGUUGAGUGCGGAAAUGGAACCUUUGGUAUUUACACUACACCAAACUUACCCAACGGUCCUCAAACUUUUACUGUCAAUGCCGUGGACAAAGUUGGAAAUAAGGGUUCGCGAAAUUCAUCAGCUGGUUUCUAGACAACGAACCACCGGUCAUAACACUCACCGACGACAUUUCUUCAAGUACGAAUAAUCCACGUGUGCUGAUUACAUGGAACUCGACUGAGCCCGCAAACUUUGAAUGCACACUGAAUGGCGAACAGGUUGACUGUGGCAGAGGAACAACUGGAAUAUACACAACACCUGUUUUACCCGACGGAAAUCAUAAAUUCGUUUUAGUCGGUGUGGAUGAUUUGGGUAAUAGAGGUACACCAAUGGUUGUUGAUUGGUUAACAGACAAAAAAGGCCCUGGAUUAAGCAUCACCAGUAGCAAUCCAGCAAAGACCAACAACAAACAGCAGACAUUUAGGUGGACCUCUACGGAACCUGCGACAUUCAAAUGUACACUAAAUGGAAGAGCAGUUGAUUGUGGCCAGGGUACCAAUGGACAAUUUACUACCCCGACAUUGCCUGAUGGCCAACAUACUUUUCAGGUUAAUGCCGUGGAUAAUCUGGAUAACAAAGGAACACCACAGACUGUCAGGUGGACUACAGAUAGUAGAGCGCCAGUUCUGACAUUUACAAAUGACGUGCCAUCAAAAUCAAACGAUCCAGAAGUUUCAAUCUCGUGGAAUUCUGAUGAGCCUGCUGACUUUGAAUGUACUCAUAAUGGUUUGUCUGUUGACUGUGGUAGUGGAACCAGGGGCGUCUUCACCACCAGCAACUCACCUGAUGGGAACAAUGUAUUUACUGUAAAUGGUGUGGAUGAUUUGGGUAACAAGGGGGUACCGAAGGUCAUUAGUUGGUUGAAAGACACGACAGGUCCUGGACUGACAAUAACUAGCAGCAAUCCACCCAAGACCAGCAAUAAACGACAAACAUUGACAUGGAGCACAACUGAACGUGCAACAUUUGAAUGUACACUUGAUGGAAAAGUUGUUGAGUGUGGUUCGGGCACAACAGGUCUAUACACUACACCUUCGUUACCUGAUGGGGACCACGAAUUUAAAGUGACUCCUGUGGAUGAUUUGGAUAACAGAGGAAUUGAAAAAACCGUUAAAUGGUCCACAGAUACGACAGGCCCACGUACCCAGUUCACCAAUACUGUACCAUCAAGCACCAAUCAAACUAUAGCAAAACUCAGUUGGAGGUCAAACGAGGCAGCAAUCUUUACGUGUAGUCUUGAUGGAGUCGAGGUACCUUGUGGUGAUGACACUAAUGGAACUGUUGGUAGUUAUACGACACCCGAUCUUGGUGAUGGUAGACAUUUCUUCUCCGUGUUGGCGGACGAUCCAUUGGGAAAUAUUGGACGACCUGUGACAUUUUCAUGGGAUAUCGAUUCCACUGCUCCAGACGUGGCUUUCUCAUCAUCUUUGACAAAGAAAACUCGAGGAAAUCCUUACAUUACUUGGAGCAGCUCCGAGAUCUCUCAGUUUGAGUGUACUCUAGACUUAGAAACAACCUCUAAAAAAACUAAGUGUGGCCGAGGCAGAUCAGGUCAAUGGAAUGGAUUUAACAUCUCCCAUGGUCCUCAUACGUUCUGGGUGCGAGGUACUGACAAUCAAGGAAAUGUUGGAGAGUGGAAGCCUUUCUCCUUUGAAGUUGAUUCCGAUGGUCCUGAAAUCACAUUCAAUGAUCAUCCAAAGAAGUUCAGAAGUAACCCUACAUUGACGUGGUCAUCAUCAGAACCAGCGAACUUUAAAUGUCGCAUGGAAAACAGCUUGGAAGGGUUCGAUUGUGGUAAUGGAAUGACGGGUCAAUUUACUGGAAACAAAAUUCCUGAUGGUCCUCACAAGCUAUUUGUCUAUGGUGUGGAUGAUAUGAAUAAUAUUGGUGAUGUGAAAGAGUUGCGGUUUCAUAUUGAUUCAACCGGGCCAAAAAUUACAUUUUCCGCCGACCAACCUACUGUAACGAAGAAUUUUGCCACCUUCAAUUGGACGUCAUCUGAAUCUGCAAGAUUUAAAUGUGCUCUGGAUGAUGGCAACCUGGAAUUUGUAGACUGCGGCGAGGGAACUAGUGGCACCUGGUUUAAAGAUAAUCUUCCUGAUGGUCCAUGGCGUUUCGUGGUUUAUGGCGUAGAUGAUAUGAAUAAUAGAGGCUCUGAAGUCGAACACAACUUUGUUGUUGAUAACACUGGUCCUAAGAUCGUAUUUGUAAAUCCACCUCGUUUAACAAACAAUGUGCCGACAUUUGCUUGGACCUCUCAAGAAGAUGCCGAGUUCAUGUGCUCGCUUGAUGGCGCUGAUUACGAAAAAUGUGGUAGUGGAAGAACUGGAAUUUGGACUCGUAACAAUUUACCACAUGGCAGACAUACAUUUUCUGUCCGUGGAAAAGAUAAGAAUGGCAACGUUGGCAUUCCUGUUCCUCAUGUCUUUAAUGUCGAUACUAGACCUCCUAAUGUUAUACUUGCUUCAACCACGCCAAAAACAUCGAAUUUCUCAACAACCUUCAAAUGGACGUCAGAUGAAGAAGCGACGUUUCUCUGUGCUAUUGACAACUCUCUGCCUGAAGAAUGUGGAUCUGGUAUCGACGGGGAAUGGACAACUCCAAGACUGAAUGAUGGAGAUCAUGUUUUCUUUUUGAUUGCUACCGAUCUCGUGGGUAAUAGAGCUCCAAAGAAAGCAAUGCGAUGGACAAUCGACUCAGUUGGUCCAAAAAUCUCAUUCCUGUCUAACCAACCCACUUCUACAAGAAGCAGUCCUACAAUUAGAUGGACCUCUUCAGAAAACGCGAGAUUCAAAUGUGCCGUCGAUAAGGGUCAGCGGCAAUUCGUUGAUUGCGGUGAGGGCUUUAGUGGGGAGUGGACUGGGACGAAUCUUCCUGAUGGUGUUACCAGAUUUUUAGUCUAUGGUGUGGAUAAGACAAAUAACCAGGGACCAACAUCUGAACAUCAGUUCACAGUUGAUACUCGGCCACCUCAACUGACCUUCUUAGGGGAGCUGCCUAAAACAAGAGAACAAAAUCCAACCAUUCGUUGGUCAUCUAACGAAUACGCCUCGUUUGAGUGCAUGCUUCAAGAUAACGUCAUAUUCGAUUGUGGCUCAGGAGGCGAGGGAUCAUGGACGGGUAGGAACUUGGUUGACGGUCCACAUAUUUUAUAUGUCCGUGGUACAGACCGUCUGAAUAACACGGGAGAAUUCAUCUCGACGUCAUGGAAAGUUGACGAGAGUGGUCCGCGGUUGCAGUUCCUAGGAAAGAUACCAUCUAGAACAAGACGUUUUCCUCGACUUCGUUGGCGUUCAAAUGAGUAUGCAUCCUUUGAAUGUUCAUUGAACGGUGGAGAAUACAGGAGUUGUGGCAAUGGAAUGCUGGGAUCUUGGACAAAAGAUGAAAGUCCAACUGGAAAACAGGUUUUUAUGGUCAGAGGUCGUGAUGUUAAUAAAAAUUAUGGUGAUCCUAUUGCAGUUACUUUCAUUGUUGAUACUACCGCCCCAACAAUAAAUCUCUUGGAACCACUUCCUACGACAACCAAAAGUCCAACAUGGACGUUCACAUGGACUUCAAGUGAACUGGCGAACUUUAGUUGUGCCGUAAACACUUUAGCCAAUCCAGUCGAUUGUGGGUUUGGAUUAAAUGGCCGUUUUACGACCCAGCCACUCACAGAUGGUCUACAUCGCUUCUAUUUAUUGGGGGAGGAUGCAAUUGGCAACACAGCAAGGGUAAUCACACAUAGAUGGGUCGUAGAUAAAACGAAACCAGAGAUCGUGAUUCUUCCCAAUCAACCUGGAAUCUCCGACAAAGACAUAACAAUAUUGUGGAAAACGGUCUCCAACAAGCCAGCAAAGUUCGAGUGCGCGCUAGAUGACAUGAACCAAAUGGAACCUUGUGGCGAGGGCACUACAGGGUCAUGGUCCGGCAUUCAGAUCCCCGAUGGCAAUCACUCGCUGUAUGUUCGAGCCAAAGAUGGGUUCGGUGAUUAUGGUCAGGUCCAGAUACACUCUUGGAAAGUUGACACCAAGGUUCCUCAAAUUCGAUUAGUGGGCAAACCUCCCCUGCGUUCCACGUACAGCGUGGGCUCAUUCUCAUGGACAUCUGAUGAAUUUGCAACGUUCUCUUGCGCCGUGGAUGUUGCCGAGUACGCUGUACCAUGUGGCAGUGGCUUCAGGGGGAACUGGAUGACUUCAGAACUCGACGAUGAUACACACUCAUUUUAUCUCUUUGCGGAGGACGCUAAUGGCAACCAAGCUGAUCCUAUUACUUAUCAAUGGACUAUAGACACGACCCCGCCAGUUGUGACAUUGGACGAAAAUUCAGAACGCGUAUCCGGGCGGAGCGUAACAAUAAAAUGGAGGGCGAACGAGAACGCCAUUUUCCGAUGUUCUGUCGACAACGUAUUUGACGAUAGAGAUUGCGGCAGCGGUCUUGAUAGUCAGAUAAAAUUGACGGAUCUUGAAGACGGAGAACAUAGCGUAUGGAUUAAGGCCACUGACACUUUGGGAAAUUUAGCUCCGUGGAAAAAACACACGUGGGUUGUUGAUUCCAAACCGCCCGAACUAGAUUUUACAUCUAAACUACCCAACAAGACCAGCGGUGAUGUUAAAUUCUUUUGGAGGUCAAAAGAGGAGGCAAGUUUCAAUUGUGGUACGGAUGCCGAUAACCUUACAGACUGUGGCGUUGGUGAUGUUGGGAAUUGGUCCGCGAAGAACCUAUCCGAUGGCGAUCACGUAUUCUACGUUGAAGCCAUUGACGAAUUUGGAAACAAAAUUAGGAUUCAACACCAAUGGACCGUUGACGACAGGCCACCAAUUUUGUCCUGGAGAAGAAGGGUUCCAGCCGUUACAUCCAAACGAGUUCGAUUCAAGUGGAGAUCGAAUGAAAUCGCAGACUUUUACUGCGGUCACGAAAACUACAACGAUAUGAAACCGUGUGGUACUCUGAAUACAAAAGGAAACCGCAUCAUAGAUAAUCUUCCCGAGGGGAAACAUCUGUUUUGGGUGCUUGGCGUUGAUGAAGUAGGAAACAGAGGGCUGCCUUUAAGUCACGAAUGGAUCGUUGACACCAAAGGUCCAACGUUGUUCUUCGAUCAGCCUAUGCCAAGAAAGAGUGGACGAAGCGUAAGAUUUUCAUGGCGCAGCAAUGAGAGAGCUAGAUUCCAGUGCGCUUUUGACAACAUCAACACUUUCUUUGACUGUGGUGAAGGCUUUGAAUCGGAUCUACAGUCGAACAAUCUCAGACGAAACGGUCUGCAUUCGUUAUAUGUAAGAGGCACAGACGAUUAUGGUAACGUUGGUGAGGUGAUCAGAGCUGAAUGGACUGUCGAUCUGGUCGCACCUGUUAUUGUUGAUGUCGGCCCUCUACCGCGUCUUUCAAACCCGAAUCCCAUCAUCACAUGGACAGUGAACGAAGAAGCCGUGUUCGAGUGCGCUUUGGACAAUAACAAUUAUAUUGGUUGCGGUAAUGGUACUGAUGGGACAUGGCGUGGGCGUAAUCUCCCAAAAGGAGACCAUAGAAUCGUUGUACGUGCCAAGGAUCCCCAAGGAAACUUAAACAAGCUUAUUGAUCACAAAUUUGCAGUUGGUAUUCCUGAUAAUCGUGGACGAGAGUUCAUGUUGGCGUUCAUGCAGCAAUAUAGGGAACAAAGACAGGGCUCUGUGAGUUUGUUUAUUACAGCUGAAAACGAUACUACAGCCACUAUUUCUACUCUCAGUGGCUUCAAAAGACGGAUAGAACUGGAGGCUGAUGAACUGAAGCGAGUUGAACUACCUAUAGAAAUCCGACUUUCUGGUACACAGAAAGAAAGAAAGGGUAUCUCUGUGAUCGGAGAACAAGAACUCGUCGUUUACGGUCUAAAUAUCAUGCCUCAUAGUACGGAUGCUUUUCUUGCUCUGCCCACAGACAUUCAAGCUACGGAAUAUUAUGCCGUAUCUUAUACUGUCAGUCAGAAUUCUCUCAUUGGUGUUGUUGGUAUAUACGACGACACAAUUGUUUACAUUACAUUGAAAAUGACACGUAACGUUCCGCUGAUCUACCAAGGCGCAAUUUAUCGUAACGGUGAAACCUUGAUUGUUGAGAUCAAUCGACAGGAGACGUUCCAACUUGCGCAUUCUGAAGAUUUAACCGGAAGUAGGAUCGCAUCCACGCGCGUGAUCUCCGUCUUCAGUGGUAGCGAGUGUGCAAACGUGCCCAAGAAGUUUGGUUUUUGCGAUCAUCUUGUCGAAAUGCUUACACCUACUAGCACUUGGGGUCGACGAUUCGUCACUGCGCCGCUGUUCAGCCGUAAAGCGGGCGAUUUCUUCCGAGUGGUCGCCUCAAAAGACAACACAAUGGUCACGUUUCAUCCACGUGACGUACAAUACCUGAAUGCUGGCGAGUUUAUGGAACGCGAUAUUCCUUCGGACGAGUAUAAAUUUAUAACUGCCUCUCAUCCUUGCAUGUUGUUACAGUACAGUAAGGGAGCCGAUGCGGACAAUACCAAUACCGAUCCCUUCUUACUCAUGAUACCACCCAUUGAACAAUACGCAUCCAAUUACAUUCUUUCCACACCGGAUCGGGCUAGACAGCAAUAUUUCCAGAGCUAUAUAAAUGUGAUUGUUUUGACCAAACAUUACCGUGGUGUGAUCGUUGACGGUCGUCCUGCGUAUCUCGCCAAUUCGUUUAAGCAGAUUACCGGCACACCAUACUCUGCCUCCGCUGUAAGAGUCACGAAAGGCGUUCAUCGGGUCGACCAUACUUCUCCUAUCGUCACAUUUGGUGCUUUCAUGUACGGCUAUGCUUGGCGUGACUCGUAUGGUUAUCCGGGUGGGCUUCGUCUCGCCGAUAUUACAGGGGCGUGUACGAAUGUUGAUACACCUGCGGAUGGCAUGGACAAUGAUUGUGAUCGCAGGAUAGACGAGGAACUGAAAAAUGGUAUCGAUGAUGACGGCGAUGGUAGGAUAGAUGAAGAUCUUGCAACCUUCCCGCCUACAAUUGAGCUGGAAAGUCUUGUACAUGAGUAUGAAAGUUGUACGUUUGUGGUUGAUGCGCUCGUACCACGCCCCAAAGUCGUGAGCUCGGCAGAGUGUGAUAGCAAGGGUUCCCUACGUGUGUCUUACUAUGACAAGGUUUCCGAAAGAGAUUGCAUUCAUUCCAUCAAUAGAACUUGGGAGGCGUCAGAUGGCUGUGGUAAUGUUGUAUAUCUAAGUCAGAUCAUCGAGAUAACACGACCCCGUCUCACGGUUCGAUUCCCCCUACACGUACCAAAUGGUUGCGCGGGCUCAAUUGCUCUUUCUGAGACAGGGCGACCUCAGGUCGAAGGUCCGUGUGACAGAGAAAGAGUUCGUGUAGCGUAUCGAGACAAUAUCUCGAAAAAGGAAUGUCAAGAAAAUGGAUUGUUGUUGGAAAGACAUUUCACUAUCGAUGAAGUCUGUGGAAGGCAAUACAAAGGAGUGCAGCGAAUAUAUCCAGGUGCUCGGAAUUAGAUAAACCAAAAAAUAUUCCUCUGGAAAUAGAUAAGCAUAUAAUCCAUCUCAAAACUCACUAAUGCGUCUAUCCCAACAACGUAUGCGUGUAGCUGCUGAAAAGUGAACUCUUUGACAUUAAUACCUCAAGGUGUGAAAGGGAGACAUGUCGUCUUGUUUAUAAUCAUAUAUUUUUAUGUUGUUACUUUGUACAAAAAUUUCAUUUUGUGCUAUGAAUAAAUAUAUACCGAAAGGUUACGUAAGUA